AUGGCACUUCUGGGAUAUAUUGUUGGGGCUGAUAGUAUUCGGGUAGAUACACUGAAGAUCGAGGCCGUAAAGAAAUGGCCUAGGCCGAUGACACCUACAGAGGUACGCAACUUCUUGGGAUUAACAAGUUAUUAUAGGAUAUCUGUAGAGAAAUUUGCUUCAAUUUCAGCACUACUGUCAAGAUUAACUCAGAAGGGAGUCAAAUUCCAGUGGACUCGUGCCUGUCAACGAACCUUUCAGUUAUUGAAAGAGAAGUUGACUACAUCUCCAGUUCUAACUCUUCCAGAUGGACCAGAUAGGUAUGUUAUUUAUUGUGAUGCUUCGGGUAAAGCUAAUGUUAUUGCGGAUGCUCUUAGCAAGUCGUAUAUAGGUAGCACUACCCAUAUUGAGGAGGGAAAGAAAAGUGGUGAUUUUCUCCAAAGGUGGAGAUGGUGUGUUGAGGUUAAAGUUAAGCAUCAAAGGUCAUAUGGGUUAGCUCAAAAUAUAGAGAUUCUGGAAUAG